AUGUUCGUUCAAGUGUCGGAGACCAACGACGCCGACCAGGAGGUAGUGGACUUGCCUUUGGAAAAAGACGGUACCCUGCUGCUGUCCACCCUGAACGCCCAGUAUCCGGACGCUUGCGGUCUGAAAUACGUAGCGCCGGACAACGGUCGUACGCGGGCACUGCGGCUCGCCGAUAAUAAACUUCAUCCGCCCAGCGACGACGGGUGGGGCGAAAUAGUGUACUUUUGUGCGUUCAACAAGGGUAAAUUUUUGUUAUGCACCGUAAUAAUAGUGCCUGCGUACUUAUAUUAUGUACAUACGAUAUGCAUGGUAUUAUUUUGAAGAAAAAAAAAAAUCAUAUCCCCUGCUAAUCGCGAUCGUCUUUCCGGACGACCGCGACUUUCACAAUAUUGAUCGUUUUCCGUUACAGGACUGUGUAGUUAAUGGUAAAAUUACCACCCAACCCCGAUUGGAUGCCGCUAAUCCCGUAUUAAUAAUAUGACUAUUAAUCAUUUGUAUUUUAAAUAGAUUCAUUGGUGUUUUUAGUUAUUUAACGCAAGUAAGGAUUUUUUAAUACCUAUUAAAAAGACAUUUGGGUUAAACAAUAAUAACAUUGUUAACAGUCGAUCUCGCCCACGAGAAUAUUUCCAUGUAAACGUCUUUUAAUGUUCAAAUUAUCAUGUUCGGUAAACAAGUUUGAUGUGUUUACUGUUAAAUAGAUCAAUGUGACAUAAUAUGAUUACCUGUACAUUUAUGCCAUUUUUUAAUGUUGAGGUUGAUAAAGUUCAAUGAAAAUGUAUGUGUGUUCAGAUAAUGGACAGAAAAGGAAAUUGAACGAAGAAUUUGAAAGUGAUGUUGAGCGAGCAACCAAGGAACCCAAGUCUGAGGCAACAUCAACUGCGUGGAAGAAUCGUGAUUUACUUGUGCUCGGGUUACCAUGGAAAACAACUGAUGAGGAUUUAGAAAGUUACUUUAGUAAAUACGGUGAACUGCGCAUGGCACAAGUUAGUUGACACAAAUACAAAACAGAAAAAGCGUUUGUAAAUUAGGACAUGUAUGAAUGUGAUAUAAUGUUUUUUCUUAAUAUUUGGUUUAUGAAAAUAUUAUUUUAGAGUUUGCCUUUUAUCUUGCACACCUUUAUUUAUUGUAUAACUUAAUUAAAUACUUUUAUUUCAAAUUAAUAUAAAACUUUGUUUUUAAAAAAAAAACGUAGAUUAAAAAAACAAGUGAUGGUAGAUCAAGAGGUUUUGGAUUCAUACGAUUCAAGGACCAAGAAUCACAAGUGCGUUCAAUGUUAGAUUCUCAUGUGAUAAAUGGAAGACGGUGUGAAAUUAAGAUACCCAACAUCAAGGUAUUUAUAAUUAAUUAGUGUAAAUAUAUAUAAAAUUAUAUUUGUACUUUGUACUAAUUGCAAAAGAUUGAAUUUAUUAAAGCAACAUUUAUCAUUCUGCAUUAUUAAAAAAAAUCAAUUAUACAUUUAUAAUGAAAUUUAAAAUGUUUCAGAAAAUUUAAAAACCAUAAUUUACAUUCUUAAAUAAUUAAUACAUAUUAUUUUCUUUCAUAAUUCAAAUUUAAACACAAUAAAUACUAAACAUUAAAUAGUAUUAAAUUAUUCAUCAGUAACAAAAUCUAUUAAUCAUUUAAUCAUUAGCAUUAUUAAAUAUUUAAAACAAUUUAUUUCCUAUAGUUUUAAACUGAAAAUCUAAAAAUGUACUUCUAUAAAAUAAUGAUACCAAUGAAAUUUCAACUAUUUAUAAAAUAUGCCUAGGUAUUUAAUUUUUUAUAUUUUAUACUAAUAAAACCUAAUUUUAUUUAGGAUGCUUUUAUUAAUGAAGCACCAAAAAAAAUAUUUGUUGGCCAACUGACUGAAAAUGUUACACAAGAAGAUCUAGAAGAACAUUUUAAGACAUUUGGAGAAAUAGUAGAAGUAUUUGUUCCUCGGCCUUUUAAAGGCAUUGCUUUUGUAUCAUUUACAACAUCUGAAGCAGCACUAGCUGCCCUUGACCAAGAUCAUACCAUUAAAGAGAUUCGUCUCAGUGUAUCUGUUGCUAUGCCUAAAGAGAAAGAUACUAGAUCACGUCGUCAUGAAGGUGGUGGAAAUUCCUAUAGUAGUCGUAUGAGAGGAAGUCGAAAUUCCUAUAAUAAUCGUGACCAUUAUUAUGACAAUGGAGGUUGGGAUGAUUAUGAUCGUCCCAGCUAUUCAGAUCGUAGAAAUAAUCGCUAUGAUAGACAACUGUAUGACAGUGGCAGGUAUUUCAACUCGGGACAAAUGUGGAGGAAAAAUGAGUAUUCUGAUUCACUCGUAUCUCAGUCUAAAGACAAUAAUGGUCAGUUAGAUCCAGAUUUAGUUGCUGCUGUAGUUGAAAAGACUGUUAGAGGUGUUAUUGGAAACAUGAGUAAAUAUGAUUGAUAAGAAAUAUUAAUUUAUCUUAUAUAUGUUGAUGAAUCAAAUGUAAAUUUUAAUUUCCCUUACAUAAUUAUAUUGAAAUUGCAAUGUACUUAUUUAGACUAUGUUUUUUUCAGUUUUCACAAAAUUAAUAAAAUGAUGUUCUUGCUUAUUAUUAAUGUGGUUAUAAAAAUUGUAUAAAAUAAUUAAAACUUAGCUGUACUGAAUAUUGUAUUUAUUAAUACAUAUAAUUAUUAACUAUUUAAGACAAUUAUUGUAGGCUGACUAAAUAAAACAUUGUACUUAAGUAAUUCAUUUAAAAAAUUGUGUUAACUGAGAUAAUAAAAAUUUAAUAAGUAGGUCAUAAAAAAAAAUUACUUUUACUUAAUCCAUUAAACAUAAAAUGAUAAGAGUUAGAAAUUAAAUAAUGUAUUAAAUUGUAAUUGAUUACCCUUUACCCAAAAAUAGUCUAUAGUUUCAUUGAACACAAAAAUGUAACAUUAUUUUACUAAAAUAAUUAUUAAUGUUGGCCAACAAUAUUGAUAAUUUGAUACAAUAUCAAUAUUGUAAUUUUUUUUUUUAUAUUUACUCAAUAUCGGUAAUGAAGGAGAAUUAUUAAAACUAUUGUGAUAUCGCUAUAGAAAUAUUUUUGUAUUUAAUUAUUAAAAAAAAACUGUGUGAAAUAUAGUUGUGACAGGGUUUUUACACGAGUAAAUUAAUAAUAAUUAGAUUAUAAAGAAAUACUUGUUACAUUUAUAACCCAGUACUACAACAACACAAUUAUAUGUGUAAAAGAAACAAUCCAAAUUAUCAUCUAAAAGUAAUCGUGUUGCUAAGAAAUCAACAAUAGAUUUUUUGAAUUUUUCGAACAUAUCUGUAUUUGAUCAUGUGGUUUCCAGUAAAUAAACAAUAUUUUUAUUGUGUGUGUAUUACUAUUUACAUUUUGCACAUCAGUAUUAAAUUUGGAUAUUGUGAUACGAUAUGGAUGAGUAAAGGAGCAAUAUUGAUAACUGCAAAUAUAUAUUGUUGGCCAAACACCAUUAUUAUUGUGAUUAAUUUUGCUGUAACAUAAUUACAUAGAAAUUAUAUUCUUUCAGAUCGGUUAUGA